AGAUUAUAAAUAGACCCAGGACUAAACUGAAAAAGUCCCUCCAGCUGAGGGGGACUCAUGACAGGGGGGAACUUUCCCUGACAGGCUUACAGCCUGUCUGCGGAGUGGAUGCCGGUGAGGAGCGGGUCGGUCGCACACACCGCCGGAGAGGAGCUGUCAGCAACACAGCGUCUGCUUCCCCUGGUGAAGUCCCAGCGGAGGGACACGGUAGCGGGGUUAACACCUUCGUAUUAAUGCCGGUUUGUCUUUAAGAGAAUUAUCUGACAACCAUGACUUCGGUAUGGAAGCGGCUCCAGCGGGUCGGAAAGAAAGCGUCCAAGUUCCAGUUUGCGGCGUCCUUUCAAGAACUGAUGAUAGAAUGCACAAAAAAAUGGCAACCAGACAAACUAAGAGUGGUGUGGAUCAGGAGGAACAGACGUCACAGCACAAAGCUUCACAGCUGGCAGCCAGGGAUUAAAAACCCCUAUAGAGGCCUGGUGGUUUGGCAGGUUCCAGAGAGUUUAGACAUCACUGUCACACUCUUCAAGGUAUGAAGUUAAGAUUCUAUGUAGUUGCUGCUAGGGUUGCAGCAGUG